UGGGAGCGAGCGCGGCGCAGGCACUGAAGGCAGCGGCGGGGGCCAGAGGCUCGGCGGCUCCCAGGUGCGGGAGAGAGGCCUGCUGAAAAUGACUGAAUAUAAACUUGUGGUAGUUGGAGCUGGUGGCGUAGGCAAGAGUGCCUUGACGAUACAGCUAAUUCAGAAUCACUUUGUGGAUGAAUAUGAUCCUACGAUAGAGGAUUCCUACAGGAAACAAGUAGUAAUUGAUGGAGAAACCUGUCUCUUGGAUAUUCUCGACACAGCAGGUCAAGAGGAGUACAGUGCAAUGAGGGACCAGUACAUGAGGACUGGGGAGGGCUUUCUUUGUGUAUUUGCCAUAAAUAAUACUAAAUCAUUUGAAGAUAUUCAUCAUUAUAGAGAACAAAUAAAAAGAGUUAAAGACUCUGAAGAUGUACCUAUGGUUCUAGUAGGAAAUAAAUGUGAUUUGCCUUCUAGAACAGUAGACACAAAACAGGCUCAGGACUUAGCAAGAAGUUAUGGAAUUCCUUUUAUUGAAACAUCAGCAAAGACAAGACAGGGUGUUGACGAUGCCUUCUAUACAUUAGUUCGAGAAAUUCGAAAACAUAAAGAAAAGAUGAGCAAAGAUGGUAAAAAGAAGAAAAAGAAGUCAAAGACAAAGUGUAUAAUUAUGUAA